AUGGUGCAAGGUGGCUUUGGCGGUGUCCUUGACACCCCGAGGACCAACCUUGGGGAUGCUACGUACCUCAGUCGCGGUCCAGAUUUUGCCGACAUCUCACAGGAAGCCUCCUUCCACUCGCCACAAAAGGAUAGCGGCAACAUUCUGCAGCAGCUUCGCAAUGGACGCUCCAACGGCAACGGCGUCAGCAUCAGAACACCCCGCCGCGAUCCCCUCACAGACCGAAACAACCUACCGCCCAGCAUAGGCGGCGCCGAAUUCACGCCCCUGCUCAAGUCGGCCACGAGAAAUAGUGUUCGACAGCGCGGGGGCAAGGAGAAUGGCACCGUCAGCUUAACGCCCAACCUAAGCCGCAUCGACGAAAACGACCUGACGCCGGUGCCGCGAAUGGACGCUUCCAUGUACUCAUCGUCACGAAAUCAAUCAUUUCUCGACCACACAAUCCCAAAGAUCGACAGUAGUAGUGUUACCUCGACCCCUCUUGCGAUUGCGACAAGGCGUGGAGGCGACAAGGGUCCUCUGCAAGAUGGCAAUCAGCUUUCUCUCCGAGAACAAGAAAACGUCAUCGACAAGAUUGAAAAGGAAAACUUUGGGCUGAAGCUCAAGAUUCAUUUUCUAGAGGAUGCCCUUCGUAAGGCCGGCCCUGGGUUUCACGAAGCGGCCCUCAAAGAAAACACCGAAUUGAAAGUGGAAAAAGUUACCAUGCAAAGGGAAGUCCACCGCUACAAAAAGUCCCUAGUCACUGCGGAGCGGGAACUGGAAACAAGUCGCCGCCAAAUCCUCGAGCUGCAGAGCAGGGCGUCGCAAAGCCAGCAAGAUGAUGGGCUCAGCGCCGAAAUGGAAUCCUUGCAACGACAACUCGAUGACAAGGAAGACGACAUCCGCGACUUGCGACGCCAAAUUGCGGCCGGUCAGGGUAAUCAGGAGCAGGUGGAGAGUCUUCAAGAUAACGUCGAAGAUCUGGAGGCGGAUCUUCGAGAUAAAGAUCGUCAACUAACAGAGCGAGAAGACGAGGCCGAAGAUCUAAAAGACAAGAUCGAGGACGCUGAAGCAAGGGCAAGGGCGGCUGAGAAGAGGGCACAGGAAGCCGAGGAAAACGGCCAGGACAGCGACGAGCUUGAUGAAGCCAAAGAAACAAUUCAAGAUCUGGAACAAAACAUUCGCCGCCUAGAGGAGCAAGUCGACGAACUCAACGAGAAACUCGAAGCAGCCGCGACUGACAAAGAUCGAGCCGAACGCGAUCUGGAGGAGCUCCAAGAAGAAAUGGCCAACAAGUCUGUCGUUACGAAAGGCCUUUCCCGACAGAUUGACGAGAAAGUCACCCGGCUACAGGAUGAACUCGACAAGGCCGGUGAGGACUACGCUACACUGGAAAAGGAAUACACGGCGGCGAACGCAGAGAUCGACGAGCUCAAGGCCAAGGUAGAUGAACUCGAACAUGAACAGGCAGACCUGCGACAAGAAAACCCGGAAAAAGAAGCCAGGAUCGAAGAGCUUGAAGCAGAGCUGCAGGCCCAGAUGGACGAAAAGGACUUGAUCCAAACCCGGCAUGAUACCCUAAGCGCAGAAUCAACGGCGCUGCAAAGAGAAGUCCAGCGGCUACAAACACAGGUGGAGGAGCUCGAGAGUAGCGUCGACCAGGAGAGGAAUGCUGCUGUAGAAAUUGAAAAGGACCUGCGCAGGCACCAGGAUGAGCUUGAGCGUCUGAAUGACGACAUUUCAGAUCUGCAGGCUGAGAUACGCGAGAAAGACAACAUUUAUGACAACGACAGCGAGAGGUGGGAGACGGAGAAGCAGGCCUUGGAGGCAGAGCGGAAUCGUGCUGAGGAAAAGGCUGCCGGGCUUCAACGGACGGUAGACCGCCUGCGCGAAGCCGAAGGAUCUCUAUCAGACAGGGGUUCCAGGCUCCAGGAUGGUCUCAAGAUGGAAGAGGAGCGCCAUCGAAGCGAGGAGGCCCUGAUGACAAGACAAAUAGAUGAUCUCCAGGAUGCUCUAGAGACUCGGCAGAAGAUGCUGACUGAUCUACGAAGUGAGCUCUCCAAAGUUCGCGAUGACUUGAGACAGGCGCAAGUGGACUAUCAGACCCAAGGAAACAAGGUGAUUUCGCUGGAGGAUCAGAUUGUAGCGCUGCGUAGCAGGCCAACCGCUGUGAGCACGCCAGCUCGACGCGAGGGCGAGGCUCUGAAGCGCGAAUGUGAGAGUCUGCGAGAGCAACUCCGCACGUUGCGUUUGAGCGUGGAAGCAACUCGCGGCGCGUCUGAAGGGACUCCUAUGCGCAGCUCACAAACACCAACGCGUCUCAAAUGGCAGCUCACAGACGCCAGCACCAAGCUUGACAAGGUGUCCUCGGAAAAGAAGGCCCUUGAAGACAGCUUGUCUGCAAUCCGGGCUGAGCUUCGCAAUACUCAAAAUUCGCUAGCCGAGAUCAAGGCUGAGCGUGAUGAGCUAGACAGCCAGCUGCGCCGCGCAAAGCUUCAUGACAACGACACACUUCGUGUAGAUCAAGAGCGUCUUGAUCUGCGAACUGCCAAACUGAAGCUCGACGGCGAAGUUCGCCGACUACGAGACGAAAACAAGGCCCUCUCAGAACAGCGCCAGUCUGUAGAAAAGUCGCUCGAGAGCGAGAUUGAAAAAGCUGCGGCUGAAGAGGACCGACUCAAUCAGGAAAUCAUGCAGCUUCAGGCCAAGUUGCGACAGGCGUCCUCGGCCGAGACGGCGGACAACUCUACGACGCGCCGGAUGAUUCGCGAUCUAGAACGUCGGGUUGAGGAUUACCAAGCACAGCUGGCCUCGGCGCAGGCGCUCCUGGACGGCGAAGGCACAAGCGAAGUGUCCAUAAUUCGGCGCGACCUGACCAGCGCCCGCCAGAAGGAAGUCGAGUUCCUGCAGCGCGAGGCGGCCAGCAAAGAGGUGAUCAAGGGCCUGCGACGCGAGGUAGCGGAUCUAGAGAGCAAACUCCACGACCAGCAAGUCUCCCGCAUGGUGAACUCGCCCAAUAGCAGCCAGAUGGCCAACGCAACCUACGGCGGGUCGCAGGUGUUGGCGGAGGAGUUGCAGCAACAGCUAGACGAUGCGGAAGACCAGCGCGUAGUGCUGGAGGAGUUCUUGGAGGAGGCGCGACAGCAAGCCGAAGAGACGGCCGCCCAGCACGCGCAGUCACUGCAGCGACUGCAGAACCAGCUCAACGAGGCGAUCCGCGAUCGGGAUACCGUUGUCGCCCCCGCCCCCGCCGCAUCUCCGUCUUCCAAAAGCAACAACGGGCGUAGCGGCACAAGCAGCAAAGCGGCGCGCGUCCUGCGCCGGACGCAGGACGAGAUUGAAAACCUGGAGCACGACGUGCGACAGCAGCAGGCGCUCAUUGAAGGGCUCGUGGGGUCCGAAGUGGCACUGCGACGCAAGCUGGAGCGCACGCGCAGCGAGCGCGCCGCUUAUCGAGUGAGCGCAGAGAAGCUGGGGCAGGACGUGGCGGCGCUGCGGCGCGGCACGGGCGAGACGGAGCACGAGAUGGUGGUCCGCGCGGCCGCCGUCGCUGCCGAGCGUCACCGCAAGGAGCUCCGCGGCCUGACGACCCAGAUGACCUGGAUGCAGGCCCGGUGGGAGCGCGAGGCAAAGCUGCGCACCGAUGCCGCCUUUGCGAAGCGGUUCUUGCAACUGCAGCUGGACAUUGCUACUGCCUGCAACAAGGCGCAGCUCCGCGAACUCGAGCACAUCCGCACCAAGAUCCUGCACUCGCGCAAGCCCCUCCUGCUGCCCGGCGCGUCGUCAUCAAACGACGCGGCAGGCAGGAAGCCCACGCUGCGGACGUUUCUCGUGGCCGCGCGCUUCGUCGCCAAGAUGCGCAUCGCGGCGCGUCAAUGGGCCGCGCAGGAGGAGGUCCGCCGGCGUCUGCAGGCGGCGGCCGAGGAGACGCGCAAGGCCAAGCGCGCAAAGGGCCUGCGGGUCGUGCGCGUGGACGAGGAGGACUACGGCGCAGCAGCUUAA